ACGGACUGCCUUACAAGACGGACUGCCUUACCAAGACGGACUGCCUUACCAAGACGGACUGCCUUACCAAGACGGACUGCCUUACCAAGACGGACUGCCUUACCAAGACGGACUGCCUUACCAAGACGGACUGCCUUAGCAAGACGGACUGCCUUACCAAGACGGACUGCCUUACCAAGAGGGACUGCCUUAUCAAGACGGACUGCCUUCCCAAGACGGACUGCCUUAGCAAGACGGACUGCCUUACCAAGACGGACUGCCUUACCAAGACAAACUGCCUUCCCAAGACGGACUGCCUUUCCAAGACGGACUGCCUUACCAAGACGGACUGCCUUACCAAGACGGACUGCCUUACCAAGACGGACUGCCUUACCAAGACGGACUGCCUUACCAAGACGGACUGCCUUACCAAGAUGGAUUGCCUUAGCAAGACGGACUGCCUUACCAAGACGGACUGCCUUACCAAGAGGGACUGCCUUAUCAAGACGGACUGCCUUACCAAGACGGACUGCCUUACCAAGACGGACUGCCUUACCAAGACGGACUUCCCUACCAAGACGGACUGCCUUACCAAGACGGACUGCCUUACCAAGACGGACUGCCUUACCAAGACGGACUGA